UUGAGCGAACGGGGUGUGACGUGGAGAGCAAUCAGGGCUGCUGAGGCAGAGAGCGAGCCGAAACCAGUCCACAGUUAGCGGAGAGUGGAACGCUGCGUGUCCUGAUAAAAAGAGACUUUUUUUUAAUUUAUGUCGCCGGAGCUCCAGAAAACUAAAAGGAGGGACCCCUGAGAGCGGACGAAGCGGAGCCGAGGAAGGGGGUCACAUGGAAACGCCAUGCGGCCGGACACACAGCGCUGGACUUUCCCGUAGUUUCAGUCGAGAAAGGAGGCAAAGUGAGGCGAGAUAAACAUGCUCUCCCCGAUGCUGGCCUCGUUCCUGCCUCUCCUCCUUCUCUGCCGGAUUUCUUCCUGCCAGUACUCGAGCGACCAGUGCAGCUGGAAGGGCAGCGGACUGACCCACGAAGGCCACGCCAGGGACGUGGAGCAGGUGUACCUGCGCUGCUCCCAGGGCUCCCUGGAGUGGCUCUACCCGACCGGCGCCAUCAUCAUCAACCUGCGGCCCAACACCGUGUCGCCCGCCGCCGCCCGCCUCUCCGUCUGCAUCAAGCCGUCCAGGGACUCGUCCGGGACGAACGUCUACCUGGACCGCAACGGCCAGCUGCGGCUGCUGCUGCGCGAGCGGGACCAGGCGGAGGGGAGGGUGCACUGCUUCGGCAUCCGGGAGGGGGCGCUGUUCAUCGAGGCGGUGCCGCGCACGGACAUCAGCCGGCGGAUCACGGCGUUCCAGUACGAGCUGGUCAGCGACAGGCUGAGGGCGGAGGCGCAGUCACCCGGUGCACCCUGUCAGCCCUGCACUGAUGCCGAGAUGCUUCUAGCAGUCUGCACUAAUGACUUCGUGGCACGAGGCAUCAUUACCAACGUGGGUCAGGAGGAGGAGCACUCGUCGGUCUCUGUGGAGAUCAGCCGCCUUUACAGACAGAAGACCCACGUCUUUGUGUCCGGGGGUGUGAGGGUACGGAGCUGGACAGGCAGCAUCAAAAUGCCGAAGCAGUGUAAGGUGAAGUCCGGCGAGGGAGAGUUCCUUUUCACCGGGACAGUGAGGUUCGGCGAGGCCUGGAUGGGUUGCGCUCCCCGUUACAAAGACUUCCUGCGGUUGUAUCACGAGGCACAGCAGCGGGGGACCAACCCGUGCCAUGUGGACACUGACUGACUUGGCCGGCCACGUUUGGAGGAGAGCUGUAGUGAAAAUUCAAGCCGAGGAGAUGAGACUGUCGGGACUGUCCCAAGGCUGUCCUGUGACUCUGAGCACGGAGAUUGAAAAUGUCGCAAAGCGGCACGUGACGGAAGCCGAGCAUGACGGGAAGGUGUUCGGAUUGUCUUCUCAAUAUGAAGAGCUGCAGAGUCUUAAAUGUAGCAAAUGUCCCAUUUUGGUUUUUAUGUAUAAAAUGUGAAAUAAUAUUGUACAUUUUGAAACUGUGUGCUUUGUAAAAACAAAAAAAAAGACGUCUGUACAGUUCUGUAUUUGUUUUCUUAAGAAAAAUGUAUAAA